AUGGAGAAGUUAAAGAACAAGUUGUUCAAGGCGAUAGAGAACAGUGGACAUUCAACAUUUGUAACACUGGCCUCACCAAAGAGUGAGGAUGGCGCUAAAAUGCAAGAGUUUCUCGCAUGGCUCCCAGCAAAGCAUCAUGAGCAACUCUUUGAUAUAUUGCUCCGCGGCAAGAUGGUGCCACUGAUCGAAGAGGAGAUGUUGACACCAUCGGACGACACCAACAUGGACAUGGACAAGGACACUGCCAAGUCAAUACUAAUCGAGUCGCUCAAGAGCUAUGAGUGCGUGCUCCAUCUCUGCUCAUCAUACCUCAAGCUCAAGACCUUGGACCCCCCCGAGCAGCUCUUUCAAAUCAUCAAUAUAUCACAUGACCUCUUGCUGCCAAUCGUUAGUCUGCAAAUGAACAUUGAGACACAGACACAACUGUUUGCCAAGGAUGUGCUGGCUAGACUGGCCAAGAUGUAUGGCAAGCUGGCCAACGAUAUCGCCAUGCUGUGCGAGCUUUGGUACAAACAGGAUAGGCCCAGGAAAGAGGAGCUGGCGCCCCAAACCAUUGCAUAUCUUAUCCAAAAGGCAUAUGAAUCAACUGUUGUGGCAGACAUCACAAGACUGUAUAAUAUGAGGAAUGCACUGUUGGCGCUGGACUUUGGCGAUGAGAGCUCAAUGUCCAUCCAGGAAUUGCUGCUGGGCUGCUUCAUCCAGCCUCAGUUUGUAAAGACGGUGGAUGGCCGCAAGAUGUUGGCCUUCCUAUUCACCAUUCGUCCACAAUUCAUCGAUGCCAUUCAUAAUGUGGUCAAAGGUCAGCUGCUGUCUUGCUCGCGCACCAUCAUGGACGCCUACGCAGAGGUCUACUACAAAGCCUGGAGGGUUGCCACCGGCCCUUUCCUGCUGCGCAUCGAGUUUGGUUGUCUCCAAAACGUGGCGCAGUGCGCCAUCCACGCCGCCAACACCAAGUUGUUCAAGGCCACAAUGGCCUUCUUGCACUACUUCCACGAGAUGAAGGCCAAGGACAAGACGGUCGACUCAAUGCUGCUGCGCGUCUACGAGCCCAUCCUGUGGCGCUCGCUGUCGGUCGCCAACUCUGGCGUGCGCGCCAAUGCCACCCGCCUGUUUGUCGACUCCUUCCCACUGCACGACCGCGAGGCGCCACAGCGCGAGAUCGACGAGGUGCUCCAAAAGCAGUUCAUCGAGCUCCAGAAGCUGCUGUUCGAUCCAGCGAUCACUGUUCGCCAAACGGCCAUCCACGGCGUUCUCUGCAACGUGUUGGCCAAGUUCUGGGAGAUCAUUCCCGUGUCCACAUCGCGCGUGCUCCUGUCCAAGAUCAUUGGCGACUUGGCCCGCGACAAGUCCAGCGGCGCGGUGCGCGAGACCGUGUUCGAGGGCAUCAAGUACCUGCUCGAUAACCAGGCUCUGUCACACAACAUGCUCAAGCAACUGCUACCACAGAUGUCGGUGCUGAUACACGACAGCUCGGAGCGUGUGCGUGAGGCCUUUCUGGACCUGAUGCUCUUCCUCAAGGGCAUCUCGACCAUCCGCUUCCUCGACAUCGUCCCGCUCGACCAUUUGUUGGAGCGCAUGGUCGUUGAUCACAAGAGCGCCACACUCUCCAAGAAGCUCACACAACUGCUGGUGGAGGCCUACUUCCCCGAGAACGAGAAGUCAUCCGAGAUGGUCAACCGCUGCAUCAUGCUAGUCAAGAGCAAGAGGAAUGCCACGGUGGGCUUCUACUCCAACAUUGUCAGCUUUGUGCCCAUCGUCUCCAUUGCCAAGUUCCUGUCGAUCACUUUCAAGUUCAUCAUCACGUUCCUGACUCACAACCCCGACGUCAGCCAGCUGCACCAACCCAGCAGCAGCGUUGAUGCCAAGUCGGCCAAGGGACGCGGCAAGGCGGCUGGCCAGAAGAAGGCGGCGCGUGGCAAGGGUAAGGCGGCCGCAUCAAAGAAGAAGCAGCCAGAGGUGGAGGUUGAGGUCGAGGAGCAGCCAGCUGACGAGGAGGAUGGUGAGCUUCAAAUCACCCUGGAGGACAUCGAAUGUCUGUUGGAGAUUGUAGAGAACACAUUGUCAUCGAUCAAGCCUCAUCUGGAACUUGAAGAGAAUCAGUAUAUUGUCAAGGGCUUGCUGGCCAAGUUCAAUGAUCAGAGUAUCACAUCACUCUACAUUUGGUUGUUCUCUGCGGCCACACCACGAAUCAACUCGAUGUGCCUCGCCAUCAACAUCGCCUCAUUCUUUAGCAUGUCCAACUUCCCAAUGCUCAAAGAGGUGUUGUUGCAGAACUUCCAAGAGAUCGACCAGACCACACCAGACAAGCUGAAGCAGACACUGUUGCUCUGUUUGUUCUCCUGGAACAUUCCCGACCAGGUGCUACAGAUCAUAUUUGAGAACAUUGGCACUCCGUUGCUUUUGCUCAACGAAAGAAACAGUCAUCCAGACACCUCUGGUCGCAAGUCCAUCACCAACAACAACAACAGCAAGAGGAAGAGAAAGACUGGCGAUGAGGACGAAGACCAGGACGAUCAUCCCGAGGAGGUACCAUUCGAACUCAAGAUGGCCGCGGCAACUGACAAGGCAAUGAUAUCCCUGAUAUUCUUGGACAUUCUUUUGAAACAUCACGAGACACGUAGCAGCACUCUGGCGCAACUGGAGGUGUUGAUGUUGCUCAUUGAGAACUUGUUGGCGUAUAUGCCACACACUCAGAUGCGCCUGACUCAUCUGUGCCGACCUGAUGAUGACACUGUGCAGCGUUCCGAUGUGUACAUCAGUGAGAAGCUAUUGGUGUCCUGCUUUGUAAUGUACUGCAAGAUCCUGUUCCAUGCUGAGGGCGCCUCCGAGAGACUCCAGAAGGACUCGGAGCUGUUCCAGGAGCUGUUCCGCUGGGGAUUCGAAGUGCUCAUGCCAAUGAUCCAAUCAUACAUUGAGAAUGGACAGCAAGUGAGCUCGAGCAAGCGAAAGAGAUCGUCGUCAGACGAUGAAGACGAAGAGGAUGAUGAACCGCAGGAGGAGGCCCCAAAGUUCCCUCUCGAUAUCCUGCACAGCUACCUGCUGUUCGUCACGGAGAACAUCACGCUCGGACUCUGUGGACCGACCACUCUGUUUGAGCUGUGCCAGCGCAUUGAUGUCCUGCUCGAGCUGAUGCCAAAAAAUGGCGCAUUCGACGCCGUCAUCCCCGUCAUUGCCAAGUUCACCUACCAAGCCUACUACGCCUCGCAGGACGAUCAGAUGCUGCUGCAGGCAUCGUUCAAGCUGGUGCGCACAUUGCUGGACGUGAUCGACCACUCGUCGAGACGCGAGCUGGCCUGCUCCGAGUCGCCUCUCAGCUUCUUUAGGCUAGCGGACCUGCUCACACUGCACUUCCAGCGCGGCACACUCAGCAACUUUGUCAAGUUGAUCAUGGAGCCGGUAAUCAUCAACAUCACCGAGAUUGGCGAGUAUCUGGCGCCGAGGACCAUCAGCAGUCUGGACAAGUUGACGCCCAUGUGCAACUUUGUCAUCUCCACCGUUGCCAAGUGCACGCCUGCCAUCAACUCAUUGGCCGAGCAUCUACUCAACUAUGUCAAGUUUGAAUCAAUGAGCAAAACAUCCAUCUAUCACAGUCUCAACGUCAUCUCCAUCAUCAUACACACUGCCACUCAAUACUCUAGAACCACCGACUUCUCAUCACUCCAGAACAUAUUAAUCAGUUUCAUUUCCAAACUGCCACACAUGUCGUCCAACUCUUAUGAUGACGACGAUGAAGACAAUCAUGACACAAACCAAGAUGACGGAUCAUUAUGUAUAGACUAUCAACAACUAUUGAAGUUGUCCAAUGAUAUACUGAACAUCAGUAUGUCCAAGAAGAGAUCAUCCGCCAAAGACAAGGCUAAGGACAUGGCUGCCAACAACGCCAUAGUGUAG